AUGGCCAAAGUGAUUAGAAAUCGCUGGGUUUAUCGUCCCGACAACAAGUGGACGCGCUAUUUGCCACGUAGAAACGACGCCGUCAAAGAAUUCGACUACGAGCGAAGCGGAGCAUCGUUGCGCCAUUAUACAGAGGAGAUUCCAGAGGAACAGCGUCCUAAACGCGCGUCAAAACUGUGGAUGGCAUGGCUCUACCGGGAUUUGGCUGGUGAGCCGAAAUGGACCAAGAAACACGUGGAGAACUUGUUUGGAGCGGAUUUUAAGGUCGGUCGAAUGGAAGUGUUCCGUAACACGGAGCUAAUGAACGAGGAACUCUGGAAAGUGAAGCAUUUGAUUGAACUACGCCCGAUUGAAUUCAAAAAUGGCAUCGAGCCAACCGAUGAGGACGUCUUCUCGACGUCUCUCUCACCAAAUGGACAGUGUGAAGUGAUUCAGGGUGGACACGUGGCUUCUGAAGGCGAUUUGAAGUUGGCUGACGGGAAACAGUGGACCCGAAAGGAGCUGGGACGGGACCUCAACAAAAAGUAUCAUCUCUACCAGAGUGUCUUCGAGCAGAACGUCCACACACCCAACAAUAUCACUGUGCUCAAGUAA